CAUGGCUUUCAUAUCAAGUAAUUUCGAAAGUUCACGCCUUUCACACCGUAAUUUACUCCUUCAUAUUUUCUAAACCUCAAUUCAAUACCACUGGCUAUCAAUAUAAUUCAAAUCAAGAUGGCGUUGUCUGAUGAGAUUAGAGCAGACUUUGCCGCUGCCUUAUCGAAGAUGUACCAAAAGGAGGUUCCUCAAUAUGGCACUCUUCUAAAAUUGGUAUCGGAGAUAAACCAUCAAAUAAUGGAUAACGGACAACCAUAUCAUGAUACUCAACACCGUAUCGAAGUUGAGCGACACGGGGCUAUUCGACUUGGUUUAGCGAGUGAAUUGGCGAUGAUUCGUCGAUUGUUUGCAGUCAUGGGCAUGGAGCCUGUUGGGUACUACGAUUUAACGGUCGCUGGUCUUCCAGUGCAUGCUACGGGCUUUCGCCCUAUAAGCCCCGAAUCGCUUCAGCGUAAUCCAUUCCGAGUGUUUACCUCCUUGCUGCGCCUCGAUCUUAUACAAGACAAAAAUCUCCGUGAGCAGGCUGAAAGAAUCUUGAAUAAUCGCAGCAUUUUCACGCCUCGAUGCAUCGAAUUGAUUGAACAAUUUGAAGCUCAAGGCGGCCUGUCUGAAGAAGCGGCACGGGAAUUCGUUAAGGAGUCCCUGGAGACAUUUCGAUGGCACGAAACUUCGACUGUGGAUCUAGCUACGUACAAGGCUCUUGAGUCUAGUCAUCCUUUGAUCGCAGAUGUCGUGUGUUUCAAAGGUCCGCAUAUCAAUCAUCUCACGCCUCGGGUACUUGAUAUCGACGCAGCGCAGGACGCCAUGAAAAAGUGCGGUCUAGAAGCCAAAUCAGUGAUUGAAGGACCUCCACCGCGAAAACACCUUAUCUUGUUACGACAAACUAGCUUUCUAGCACUGGAGGAGGAAGUCGCAUUUUCAAGUGGAGAAGAAAAGGGAGGUAAACAUCGGGCAAGAUUUGGGGAGAUUGAGCAGCGCGGGAUAGCUUUGACUGCGAAGGGCCAUCGUCUUUACGAUGAAUUGCUGGCCAAGUCGAAAGAAAUUGCUAUCGGCCAGCCACAAAACUCGCAGGAGGAUGUCCUCGCUCAGACCUUCGCAACAUUCCCCGAUGACUUGAAUACACUCUAUCAAGAACGGCUAGCAUAUUUCAGAUAUGUUAUUCGGGACCCUCUCCAAGCAACGUCCAUAUCGACCGAUCUCGAUUCUUUAGUGUCGUCUAGGGUUCUUUCCAUCGAACCGAUUACUUAUGAAGAUUUUCUGCCUGCUAGUGCGGCCGGGAUUUUCUACUCCAAUCUUCACGAAGGCCACGACACAAACCAAGUAGCAUCUUCAGACCAGGCUUCGUUUGAGAAGGCCCUUGGUUGUGGUGUACACCAGCCGUUUGAUCUGUACGAUGGAUUAGAGAAAUCAUCAAUUGCUGAAUGUCUCGGGAUACUAGCUGAAGAGCGGAAAGCUAUUUAAACGUACCCGCCCAUACAUAUUUCUUUACCUUAGCGAAG